GGUGGGCUGUUCUAAGAGUUUGCUUAGAAAUUUGUCUUUGGCAACUUUGGGUAACCAAUUAUUUAAAUUCAGCAAUCUCUUUCUUUCUUUGCUGAGUUAUAACUUUCACUUUUGGCACCCAGCUUCCCAAAUAUGGCGAUCAUUUGAGUGAUUUCUUAUUUUUAGACAACGACGUCAUGCUUGGAAGUUAUACGGGAUGUCCCCUUCGCUUUAUGUUCACCCAAGCGUGGGGAUUACAGUACCAUGGCUGUAUGGCUCUAGUCUGUGGUGUGAUCAGUUACUGACCAAUCGUUACAGAUUGAAAUUGAACUAUUAAGUACAUGUAGCCUUGAAACAGAAAUAGCACCAGUUGUCAUGCAGUGUGAUAUAGUUCACGCUACAAGGAGAGCCAGAAAUACGGUAUUACCAACUUCAUACGCUGUCCAUGACAUAUUUAAUGGGCCAUUCAGUGGCACGACAACUUCGGCCAGACACCUUUCCGGUUUUUUUUAACCAUGUGAUGAAGACUCUUCACCAGACUUGGAGCUACAUUUUACUCUACAGGAUUCACAAAGAGGGUGAUAACGAUCGGAAAUGGAGGCACUUCGUGUUAAUGACGUACACGUGAAAAUUGUCAUCAUCUUCAUCAUAUCUGGCCUGGUGUUUGUGUGUCGUCGUGUCAACAGAUAUUUCAAACGACAGCGACAUGUGCUGGUGAUGUUGGAACAGCAGUCACGUGACAAUCACCAUGACAAUCGCCAUGACAACAAUGGAGGUGACUCUGAUAAGGAGUUCCCUGUGACUCAAAUAACUCAAACAACUGAGUCCGAUUUGGGGAGUUAUGAGCAAGACCAGGAACCUGGAACCAUGGGUGCAUUCUUCAUUGGGACCUUAUUUGACGUUGCAACUUACAUGGCCGCAAUCUUGAGCGCUGUGUACGUUGCAGCUUUUGCUGUUGUGUUAGUUGCUGUUCCUUCUGUUGCAAUCGCUGGGACGUAUGUGGUUACUUCUGCUGUUGUUGCUACUUGUCUUGCUGUUGGUAUUUUUAAAGUAUUUGUUGGAAAAGUUGGCAACACACAGUCGGCUUCUUGUGAAAAUUUGACAUCUGCUAGUGGUAGUUCUAGUGAUGUUUCAGAUACAAACCAUCACAAUAAUUAUCGGUAUUUUGAUGUCUCCAUGAUCACCGAAAAUCAUGAGGAGGAAGUCAUGCUGGGGACUUCACUCCAUAUUAAAGAGAAUUCCCUUUUCCGCACCUCUCUUGGUUUUGUUGCAAUUUUUGUUGCCAGGUGUCCGAAUAUCGUUGUGAUUGCUAUGGCUACUGUUACGUACACCUCCAUCAUUGCUGUGCUGAUUGCUGUUGUUGCAAUGAACGUUGGAAAAGUGGCAGCAAGAUUCAAUUUUUCCCAACUUGGUUUGGUACGAAAUAGCAGCCAACUGGAGUCUAUGCGCGAGAUGAAACUACAUCUGGGUACUGGACUGGGUUGUUGCGUUGUUGUCGCGGUUGUUGUGGGUGCUUAUUUUCCCAAAACGGUCAUUGCAACUUCUGUGGUUGUUUCCGCUGUUGUUGCGUCCUCCGUGAUUGUCUCCAUAACUGUUAUGGGGAGGCCGGAAACAGACCACGAAACCACCGUGCGGGAACGGGGAAUUCACAGUGAGCACCAAAACAAUGCUGGCUUUCCCCAUAGGAGAGAAAGUGGACUAGAACUCAGAAGAUUCGCAUCAACUAUUCUGAUUGAUGGUAACCAUAGCGUCCGUAUUGAAGGAAAUAUCAAUAACUUUGUGAAUAUUCAAAAUAUGGAAAGCAGCACUUUGAACUUCGACCGUGUCGUGUCAAACGAUAACAGUUAUUAAUCCGCCAAUUAGUUUCCUUCAAAUAUUGGAACCAUAACUGUUACAAAUGCAAGGGGACGUCUUAAUAAGGGAAUAACAGUGUGAGGAGCCGGUCUUCACUGCGUGAUAAUGACCGUGUUGGGGUGACCGCUGUUAAUGGACCAAUCAGAAACCAUCAACUCUCCAAGGUAUUUAUUAAUGUAAUAUAACUGUACAGAUGGAUGCUUCAUUGUAGAGUAAUUGUUAUAGACGAUCUUGGUUCAAUACUUCUACGCUGACUUUUUUCAAUAUUAACGUUUAACCUUCGCACCCAUACGUUGCUAAGUAAGUUCGCAAUGUGAAUUAUAUUCACUGACUAAAUUGAGUAAAAUUCAUGGCGUUGUCAAAAAUAGAGCAAUAGAGGAACAACUUUUAAAAUAUUGAAGAGUAUGAGAAUGAACAGGAUUACUGUACUUAUACAUAUCUGUAAAUAAGUCACAAUAUUGAAAUUGUUAUUUUUGAACAGACUUAUUUCUUUGAAACACUCCAUUGGAAAUAGAUACAUUUAAUGUUUAAAACAAUAACUUUAAAGAAAAGUGGAAAUCAACCUGUUACCUUCAGACAAUUGCACAAGUGAAGAGCUCAUUUUGCAAAAACACUUAUAUGAAAAUGAUCAAUUUUUCACCUUUUGAGAAAAUUCGCUUUAAAACAAAACAGAGACCGUUACUUGUGCACAAACUGGGACUGCCCAUUAGGCCUACAUCAUAUCGAACUCUUGUCUAUUUGUAUUUGAAAAAUGAUUUUAGGUGUUCAUGCAAAAAUAUUAAGUUGGUGGGUUUCUCAAAUUUUUUAAAAUUGGCUUUUAUCUGCUUUUUUCAACUGAGCUCUUCGAAUGCUUUGCCUAAUUUAAUUACAUAUGAAAAACUUAGUUCAGAAACUGCUUCAUAUAAUUGUUAAAAUGUAAAUUAUUAAUAUACACAGCAAUGUAACGAGGUGGUGUAAAUAGCAAAUGGUCAUUCCACUUGAAGAAUUUCAAAUUAGCAUUGAAAGCGAGGCUAAUAAUGCUCCCUUUAGGGGAUAAGAGUUGAAGGUGAAAGGUUCUCAAUGUCCUACAAUGGCUUAGCAAUGGGAGCCUCGCUUUGGAUUCUAAUAGAAAAUUUGUUUUUGUUUCUGCUGUUAACUUAGUUGGCCGACUUAAACAACAAAUUCUUAAAAAAUGCAGUUUUAUAAAAUGAUAGUGGGCAUUGGGCAAGUCCAAGAAUUCGCGCACGCAAUGUCUCAUACGUAAUCAAAGCUUAACCCUCUAAGAUAUUCAUGGAUUUUAGUGUUUUUUUAUUCUACUGUUGGGCAUCUGCAAGGAGAAUACCCACAAGAAUUAUGUUGUUAGUCUCUGCGAUGAUUAUGUAAUUAAAGAAAACAUGGCGUUACGUAUGGGACAAAAAGGGACAUUUUCUUGGACUUACCCUGCAGUAGAAGUAGAUGCAUCUCAUUGUACUUAUGCUUUUCUCAUGUACUGUAAGAACAUUUUGUAGAUAAAUGAAAAUGCAAAUCAUUUUGGAAGAAAUAAAUAUAAUGGUUGGCCAUCAAGGA